UAAAUAAUUUAAAACGGGAAUACAUCAGAAAAGAAAGUUCAGGUGUUAUUUCUGGAAAAGUUUAUUUUAUUUUCAUUAUUUUAAAAUCUUCCCUUUCAUUUCAUUGAAUAUGCUUUUUCAUCUUUACUACGAGUAUCAAUCGCGUUAGAUCCCGAGUUGAUUGAAAUUCCAAAAAUAGAAAAGAAAAACCACCGACGCAGGGGAAAAACAUUGGGAUAGUCUCCAUCUUCAACUGUCUUAGCUUCAGAUCUCAUUUAAUCAACUCCACUAACCCAAUCAUAAUCCACAUUAAUUCCCUAUUAAUCUUCCACUUAAAUAAUUGAACUCAAUCCACAUUCCAAAUUGCAUAUGUAGUUAUACAGAUUCAGUGCAGAUUUGUCACAUUAUCAAUUAGAUCAGUCGGAGUGAGAUCUGAAAAAAAAAUGGCGGUUGCAGUCCGAGGAGGCCGUGGCGGCGGAUCGGCACUUCGGAAUUUCUUCUCAUACCGAAUCUUCGUCUCCGCUAUGUUUACUUUACUCUUUCUCGCUACUCUCUCCGUCCUCUUCUCCUCUCACCACGAUUCCACUACGUCAUUUGUGGGACUGAGUUCAGAUCCAUUGAAGACUAGGUUAGAUUUAAUACAUAAACAAGCAACUGAUCAUAUAGCGCUUGUGAAUGCCUAUGCUGCAUAUGCAAGGAGGCUGAAGUUGGAGAUUUCUAAGCAGCUUAAGAUGUUUGAAGAUUUGGCACAGAAUUUUUCUGAACUUCAGUCGAGGCAAAAUUAUCGCUCGACUUUGUUUGAUACUGAUGGACCUCUGGAGGAGGACUCCUUGAAACAGUUUGAGAAGGAGGUUAAGGAUAAGGUCAAGUUUGCUAGGUUAUUGAUUGCUGACUCGAAAGAGUCUUAUGAUAAUCAAUUGAAAAUACAGAAGCUGAAGGACACAAUAUUUGCUGUUAAUGAGUUGUUCGUGAAGGCAAAGAAGAAUGGAGCUUUUGGCAGCUUGAUUGCUGCUAAAUCAACUCCAAAGAGUUUGCAUUGUCUUGCUAUGCGACUUAUGGAGGAGAGAAUCUCACAUCCUGAAAAAUAUAGGGAUGAGGACCCGGAACCUGAAUUUGAGGAUCCUACUCUGUAUCAUUAUGCCAUAUUUUCAGAUAAUGUUAUUGCAGUAUCCGUGGUUGUGAAUUCGGUGAUAAAGAAUGCAGAGGAGCCGUGGAAACAUGUGUUCCAUGUUGUUACUGAUAGGAUGAAUCUAGCUGCAAUGAAAGUGUGGUUUAAGAUGAGGCCUAUUCAACAAGCUCACAUUGAAAUCAAAUCUGUUGAGGAUUUUACAUUCUUAACUCCUUCCUAUGUUCCAGUGCUCAAGCAACUUGAGUCAGCAAAGUUGCAGAACUUUUACUUUGAAAACAAUGCUGAGAAUGCCACGAAAGACGUGAACAACAUGAAAUUUAAGAAUCCAAAGUACUUGUCGAUGUUAAAUCACUUAAGAUUUUAUUUGCCGGAGAUGUAUCCAUCACUUCACCGGAUUUUGUUUUUGGAUGAUGAUGUUGUGGUUCAGAAGGAUUUGACUGCAUUGUGGACAAUUGAUUUGGAUGGGAUGGUCAAUGGGGCAGUUGAAACCUGCUUUGGAUCUUUUCAUCGUUAUUCUCAGUACUUGAAUUUCUCUCACCCACUUGUUGGGGAAAAGUUCAACUCUAAGGCAUGUGCCUGGGCGUUUGGGAUGAACAUUUUUGAUCUUGAUGCUUGGAGGCGUGAAAAAUGCACUGAGCAGUAUCACUACUGGCAGAAUUUGAAUGAGGAUCGGACAUUGUGGAAAUCAGGAACUCUUCCAGCUGGGCUGAUGACCUUCUACUUGAAAACCAAAUCGCUGGAUAAGUCGUGGCAUGUACUCGGCCUUGGGUACAAUCCAAGUGUAAGCAUGGAUGAAAUCCACAAGGCUGCUGUGAUCCACUAUAAUGGGGAUAUGAAGCCUUGGUUGGACAUAGCCUUGAAUCAAUACAAGGAGCUAUGGACUAAAUAUAUUGAUUCCGAAAUGGAAUUUGUGCAGAUGUGCAAUUUUGGCGUGUAGAGGAGCACACUGUUACGCCUCAGCAACAAUGAGGUAACAGAUACUAAAGCACACUCAUUGUUCAUCUGAAUACUUGAAAAUAUAUUUUCAUCCAGAGCGAAGCUCAGGCUGUUGAUUCUGUCUACAGUAUCUCUCAAAUUUGUCGUCUUGUUACUUAUUGUAACUUAAAAAAGGUCAAUUCAAGCGAUCAGCUUUUGUAGACAGUGAAGUGAUUCUUUUGUAAGGGACUUUUAGCACGUACAAUGGGUUCAGUGACUAAUUAAGAGAUUUUGAAACCAUUAAUGCAUUUAUAUAUUUGCCACUA